AUGUCGCUCCGCCAGAAUCUCAUCAAGCCCAUGGUGGUCGAUGCCAACGAAGGCCACCACCACACUCACACCGUCGUCUUUCUCCAUCGCUUCCCCGAAUCUACCACCGAGAAGCAGCUUCGUGGAAAGGUACUGUCUGAGAAGCUGACCAUGAACCACAAGACCCUCCGCGAACAGUUUCCUUCAGUCCGCUGGGUCUUCCCCUACGCCAAAGCCCAUGCGCGUCCCUGGAACAACCUCACGCCCGAAGACAGGGCCACAGUCGCAAUGAAAAACGGCAGUCUCCCUUACAUCACGCAAAUCAUGCUCCAGGAAUCGGAUAAAGUUGGUGGUCUCGAUCGUAUCAUCCUCGGCGGAAUGGGACAGACUGCCGAGGCAGCUCACGAUGCCAUGACUUCCUUUCCCGAAUGUAAGAUGGACGCCUACGAUAAUGCCGACGAGAUGUCAUCGUUCCUUCAGAAGACCUUUCACGCCGACUGCACAGAACUCGAACAGCUGAGGCUCGCUGGAUUCGUGGGUAUGCACGCCCAGAACCCCGAGAUAACAUCCGAUGUCAAGAGCAGGGCCAUCUUGUCCAAGGAAGUUUCCACCAUGAAGAAGAAAAUCAACGCUACCCUCGUUGCGCAGACCCCUCACAAAUUCAUUAAUGGCGGCUACAAGGUGCACACCAAAACCUGGGACGGCAGCCGUAUCGACGACUUCGCCAGCUUCCUCGUAGCUAUCGGCGUAGAACGUGGUCUCGAUGCCAGGAAGGAGAGCACCGAGACCCUCAUUCCCAAGAACCGAGACCCGAUCAAGAAGUGGGAUCCCCGGGAUACCCUCAGCGACGCCCAGAGAUACGCCCAAGAGAUCCUGGACCAGAAGAAGGAAAACGAGGAGAUCAAGCGCAAGCUUCUCAUCCGCAUCGAGGCUGACAAGGUCGAGCGCAAGAUCAAAGACGCGCGCGAGAAGGCGAGCCGAGGCAAGGUCAACUGCAAGAAUAACUGGCUGAAGCCAGCGGAUUCUGUCAAUGUUCUUGGCGGUGUUGCAUACCGCAACAAACUUUCUCAGGAAGAGCAAGUGGACGAGGCCAAGGUACAAAUGCCUUCAUCCUGGCGCAAGUCAAGAGAGCCUGACAAUGAGCAAUCCAGUAGUAACGCUUUCGGCUCCACCCGAAACAUUCAAACCAUUGUUCCCAAGAUGGAGUUCAACGACAAGAAGAUUCAUCCGAAGAAGAAGCCUCGUCGCAAGGACAACAAGCCCCAGGGACGACGUCUGGGAUUUUCGUCGGAGCAAAUCAAUUGA